GAAAUAAAGUAUUCGUGCGCGUCAAUGCAUCACAGCAUCUGCGCAGUGGAAGGUUUUUCCAAACCCGGUAGUGGAUCUCCUAAUUGUGCGGUGAAUCGAUGAACUAGGCACGCCGUGUAUCCAAAAUAAUACUGCGAAGCUACUUUGACAUCAUGACACUCCGAGCUUGUGGCUUUAUAAUAUUCCGCCGCCUGGCACGACGUCCUUUCCCAGACAACAUCGAGUACCUUCUCCUGCAAACCUCAUAUGGAGAACACCACUGGACUCCACCUAAAGGUCACGUCGAUCCUGGAGAGGACGACCUGACCACGGCGUGGAGAGAGACGCAUGAGGAGGCGGGUUUGGGUGAAGAGCAUCUGCGUGUGGUUGAUGGCUUUCUGCAGAGAUUGCAUUAUCAAGUGCGGGGUAAGGAGAAGGAGGUCCUCUAUUGGCUGGCUGAGCUUCGUGACCCCGGCCUUAAAGUCAAACUGUCGGACGAGCACCAGGACUACCGCUGGGCCAAGCUGGACGAGGCGUGCAGGCUAGCGAAGUAUACGGAUCUACAAGACACUCUCAAAAACGUGCAGCACUUUUUGGAGAAGGCAGAAAAGAAACAGUGACCACUGACUCCACACUGAUGAGAUUCUCAGAAACUGUAAAUAUUGAAUAUCGAGACUGUGUUUUUAAUUUGCCUUUACGAUGAUUUACAUUAAUUGUGCAUCUUUUAUGUGCUAUAACUCGUAAUAAAGGUGUCCUUAUGUAGUUUUUAUCAACACUACAAAUGCUGCAAAAAUCAAAUAAAGAUCAUUUGCUUCGUCAGAGA